GUAAGUGUAUGUGUGUGUAAGUGUGGGGGGGGGGCGAGAAUAGAGACGUGAUCGUCAAAGGUGAAACAAGUGAAGAGGAAGACAACAGUCUCAGGUAUUAAAUGAAGUGGAAUAACCAUAUCCGUUGCUGAUGCCGGCAACAGACUCUGACCUCACGUCCAUGGAGGACCCCCCUGCAGUGGAGGAUGAGAAAGGAGGCCUGACUGACCUCCCUCCAUCAGCUACUCCUGCUGCCAUCAUUGUUUCAUCUCCUUUCCCUACCACUAUGACAAAUUUCACUGGUGAGACUGAGAUGGAGAACAGAGCUGUGUCCAUGGCAAGUCACAACUGCAGCUCUGCUCUUUCCUCACCUGCUGAAGCUAGCCCAGCCAAGCCUGCAGUAACAUCCCCGAAUACAUGUGAAGGGACUGUUGAAACGAGCCCACCUACCUCAAACAUAGCAUCAGCCUCAGACUCUUUAAAAUGCACAGGGACCAAUCUUGUCAACAUCACAGACUCAUUACCGUUGUUGUCCGAGUUGCCAUCCACCACGUUUGGCAGCGCAGAGCAGAAAAAUGAUUUUUCUCCUGUGCUAAAUUUCAAAGGCAUCACUGUCUCUCUGGAGAAUAACAGCGUGUGGAAGCAGUUUAACAGCUGUGGAACUGAGAUGAUUCUCACAAAACAAGGACGACGCAUGUUCCCGUACUGUCGGUAUCGCCUGGCUGGCUUAGAUCCUGAGCGCCACUACAUCCUGGUCCUGUCCUUACUUCCGUCUGACCAGUUCAAAUACCGGUGGAACAGAUCCCACUGGGAGAUCACUGGACCAGCUGAAAACCAGACCCAGGGUCUGAUCAGGGCCUUCGCCCACCAUUACUCAACUUGCAAAGGCUCGCAGUGGAUGGGCGGCCUGGUUUCUUUCUACAAGCUCAAACUGACCAAUAAUUUCCAAGACCAUGACGGUCACAUAAUCCUACACUCCAUGCAUCGCUACAUUCCAAGGCUACAUGUGAUACCUGUCCCAGAUGGAGUCACAACCACACCCGAUCAGCCUGUGGUUAUGGGACCGGAAAGCAUGACCUUCACUUUUCCACAAACUGAAUUCAUGGCUGUGACGACUUACCAGAACUUUCGGAUCACGCAGCUGAAAAUUAACCAUAACCCGUUUGCAAAAGGCUUCAGAGAGGACGGACACAACCCUCGUCUAAUCCGGGUCAAGGCUGAGGCUCAAUCUGUGGUGAAGAUAGAGGCUCAGUUUAACAUGUUGGAGCCAAAUGAAAGCAAAGAGGGGAUUGUGGAUCUGAGCACAAAGAAUCACGUCGCCCCUGCCUCCGUCUCGAAUGUGCAGGAGACUCGGCUGGUCCUGAAGCCCAUAAUGUCGACACCUAAUAAGAACAAACAAUAUGUCCGCUGCUUACGAGGCAAGCAUGCUCUUGGUGACCUCGUGCUUGUCGAAAAAUGUCCACUUGUGGAAUCCACGGAGGAAAAUCUCCAUAACAGUGUAACCCCUAAGUUGCAGCACAGCUUCAAAGCAAUCUCCACGACUCCCACUCCAUCAAAGACCUCCGUGGGGUCAUCACCAAGGACCCGCAAGAAAAGGAAGAAGAUGAACAGACGCUUGACGAAUCGGGGAAGAGAAUGGAAGUCUGCAGCUGCCACCCCUCCCAAGGUCGUCCACAGCCCGUCACUGACUGUGGCUUUGCAACCAGAGCUGGACGAUGUCGAGGGCCUGUUGUUUGUCUCAUUCACCUCAAAGGAAGCUCUUGAGGUUCACGUCAGGAACAAGCCACCCAAUAGCACAGCACCAGUAUCUCCAGUUUCCCAAAUGAGUCAGAAGCAGCUGAAGCAAACAGAGGAGCUGAUCCCAGCGACUGAUGAAGAGAAGAUCGUUCAGAAGGAGGCCGUCCUGCUGCAGGACCUCAGAGUUUUCAAACACAGACAGGUCAUCCACCCUGUGCUGCAGGAAGUUGGUUUGAAGCUGAGCUCUCUAAACCCUACCAAGUCUGUUGACCUGCAGUAUGUGGGGGUUCAUCUGCCUCUUCCUCCAGCGAAUCUACCAGAACAAGUCAACUCCACAGCCCUGUCUCUUGGUGAAAAGAGUCUACCCUUCAUCUCCAGGACAGGGAAGACAAGUGACAUGACAAAAAUAAAAGGAUGGAAAAACAAGUUCAUAAAAAACAAAGAAUCAUCUUUUAACACUGAUGGAUUACAAAAGAACCUAUCUGCCUUCUGCAGCGACUUGUUGGAUGAGUACUUGGAAAGCGAAGCUCAGCAAAUCAGUGAGCGGGCUGCUGCGUUCUCCACGAACUCAGAGGGCUCUGUGGCCUAUCAGCUGCCCGCUAAAGGCUCCAGCUACGUAAAGACCCUGGACAGCGUGCUCAAGCAUCGGAACCCUGCUUCCAACAGACCAUGCCCGCUCUCCCACAAACCCCUCCUCUACUCUGCCAUGACGUCACAGGCUCCCCCUCUGCCCAGCCCUGCCACACCCAUUCAAGCCAAAUCUCCGUCCACACUGACAGAAGAUGCAAAAGCCGCUUCUGGGUCUAGUGCUUUUUCAAACAGAUCAUCUACACACCACCCAGCGAGCUUUGGGCAGAACCAGGGGAUAACACACAGACCUUCAGGCUUAACUAAGUUUGAGCUCAAAAUGUCACAGAUAGAGGUCGAAGCCCUGAACAAGGGUCUGAACAGAACACAGCUGACUCCAGAUAGACUGACAGUGGCUCUGUCUGUACUCCUGACAAAACAGAUGCAUAUUCCAGGCCUGAAGGUACCUAGUCCACAGUUUAAAGAUGCUGGACUAGAAUGUGGUCAGGAGUUCUGCAGACUGGGCUGUGUGUGUUCCAGUCUGCAGCAUCUGAACAGUGGUCCUCUCCACUGCCGCCGGCCUGAAUGCAUGUUUGGUUGUGCCUGCUUCAAACGCAAGAUCACCAAGCACAUUUCUGCUGGGGAGAGGGAACCAGAUAUCCAACCUGUUUACUCUAUGACUAAUAUGCAACAUGUGGUUCAACCUCGCCCCGGCUCCCACACUAAUAAACUGUGGAAACGCAACAUUUGUGAUGUGGAUGCAGAGCCGCUCUUCGUCCCAGAAAGUCCUCAGUAUUUGGUCUCUGCAAAGAACGUGAAACGCAGCAGUGUAACUCGUCUAACACAGCCGAUUAGAGAGGAGGACAAGGAUCCAGUGUAUAAAUACUUGGAGAGCAUGAUGACAUGUGCACGUGUAAGAGGGGUUAACAGCAAGCCUCCUCCAAAAGUUACCAUAGAGCCAAAGAUCCCUGAUGCGUCUUUGGCGUACACCGUAAUGAAACAGAAGACAACAACUGACAACCUGCAGGGAAACCAUCCAAGUUCUUUUAAGAAAACAGCAGAGAAGCCCAGCCAGGAAACCAUAGCCGGUAAAAAGGAAGCAAAGAAUCAAAUCCAGAUCCAGUCAGCAUGUCAGUGGAAACAGGACCACAAAAUGGUCCUAGAAGCUUUAUGUGAACGCAUGAAUCAGAAACGGUUGUCUAAGCGUUUCCGCAUCGGACCAUACCUCAUCUGCCCACUCACCAAGAUAUCCAUGCAAAAGCCCAGUGGCUCGACUGUCACAUACAGGGUGCACAUAAGUAAACCGUCAAAAGCCAGUGAUAAUGAGGAGGAUGAAUGUGACGACAGUGAUGAGGAAGACGGCCUCAGUGAAGAGUUGGACAUGCAGGUUGGAGUCAUGCCUUUCCUUGGUGGAGUUUUACCUGCAGGCAAACUAAAAGCCAGGACCAAACCUGCUGGCAGCCAACCAUGUGCACUUAUACAGGUGAAUGGCAAAUCUUACAAUCAGGCCAGACUGUUGCUGGGAAGAAUGGGAUCUUUACACCCAGCUAACCGCCUUGCAGCAUAUGUGACAGGCCGACUUCAUGCUCCUGCUGACAUCAUUCAUAAAAACUCUCAGAAGCCAGACUCAACACUAAGGAACAACAGUCAUAGUGCUCUGCAUGUGAAAGCCACAGAUGGUGUAGUGCCUCAAAGCGUCACUGCAAGGAAAACCACUGAGCUGAAGAUUCCAACCCAAUCACCAGUUCCAUUGCAUCUCAACUCCUGGAGAAAAGGAUCCACCACCUUCCCACAGCAUUCACAAAACUCCUCCUGGAUUAACCCUGUCCAAAUGUUCAUCUCGAGCCAGCUCAGCUCAGUCCAGACCAAGUCUUCGCCUGUCUCUCUCACUGUCUCCCCCUCAUUGAAAAACCCCAGCUUCCUUGGACAGAGUGGGACUUAUUCUUUCAGGAUCUGCCCUCCAGCUAACGAGAGCACCCGAGGCCAGAAUCCACCAGGAGUGGCCUUGCCUGGGGGCUUCACCAUCAUUGACCUCCCACAACCUGGAUCUAAUGACGCUCCACAACCUUCAGAAACUGUAAAGACUACAAACAUGGCUGCUGUUAAAAAUAAAAGUCUGCCACAACAAGAUGCCUUGUUCAAUUUUAGACAAUCUGGUUGGGAUGCAAACUGGCUCACUCCAUCAAAAAGUACAUUAGAGCCUCGCUCCUCAUCUAAGCUGGUGUGUGGUGAAAAGAUGCCUCCAGGUGAUGACACCAACAGCACGUGGAUGGAAUCAAACACGGAUUUCACCUCAGAAUGCUUAAACUCCGAAGACUCUGACUACUGUGGAGACGGUGACGAAGACGAGGAGCCAUUGGACAUUGAGACAAUAGAGGAAGAGAGACAAGAAAAGGCCAUCGCAGAAAUGAAGGAGGCUGCUCUAAAAACAUUACAGGAGUCACGAAAUUCCAGUCUCUUCCAGUCCAGUCUUGACAUGGGACUGAACAUCCAGGAACAACAGGACAAAAAGAAGCGAACGAACCACACUGCGCUAGAAAGGCAGAGACGCUCUGAACAGCGGAUCCUCUUUGACAAACUCCAGAGCAUCCUUUGUGGUGACCUCGGUGGCACCAAGCCCCCCAGGCUCCACCUGCUCUCACUGGCUGUAAAGGAAAUCCAAAAAAUGGCUGAGAUGUCCAAAUUCCUCAAGGAGAAAAAGACGAGAUUGGCUCAGUUACAGUCGGACUAUCUGAAGAAGCUCUCCAUUUUGUCUGGGAAGUCCGAGAUGCUGAUCAAACACAAGCUGAGUGCCAUCUGCAGGAAGCAGAAAAUGAGAGAGAAGACGAUGAAAUGGAGUCCAUUUUUUUCCCAGCUCCUCCAGUCCAGAGCUGCUCUCCUGCAAAACAGAGCCCCCCAGUCCCAGCACAUGCCCCUGUUACAUCCUGACUUCAUUCCACACAAAACUGCUGCCCAAACAAAUGCACAACCCAUAAUGGCCGUGCUUGAUCCUAUCUCAGCCCAAUCCAGUGUAAACCCUCCCAAACCCCUGUCCACACUACUGUCCACACCACUGUCUCACCCUCAAGCUGCGUCCACGCCUGCCAAGGCUUUCCUCACUGCAGCCCUAUCACAGGGAGAGAAUCAGGAACAACCUGGAGCUCCAGCCCAGGGCAGCGUGCCUAAUUCACAGUCUCAGGUCCCGACAGGUAAAGACAUCCCUCCGACCACCGCAACCCCUGUAACUACAACACCCAAUCCCCAAAACCCCUCCACAAACCCUUUACCGUCCAUUUCUCUUCCUCUGAUUCGCUCCAAGACCGGCAGACUCAUACUUCCCUCAUCUAUGAAACCAAGUAAGUUGUUACAUUGCGUAAGAUGUCCAUGA